AUGAUAAAAAACUAUAAAGUUAUUGAUAAUAAAUAGAUGUUCAUAAAAUUAUUAUCUUCUUAAUCUUAAACAACCAACAAUUAACUGCUACAAAAAACAUUAGUGUAAAAUAUGAAAAAUAAAUAAAUACAAUUAGUAAGUAUAAUAAAAAAAUAAAUAUUUUUAAUAAUCAUGUUUAAACUGAUUUUAAUAGUUAUCAAAUAAUAAAAUACUACCUUAAAUAAAUAAAUAAAUAAUUAAAUAAUUAAACAAAUAAAUAAAUAAAUGUAUAAAUUACAAAAUGUGAUUUUGAUUAAAUAUUCUUGA